UCCCCUUGCUUUCCCUCCACUCCUAAACCCUAGCAACUCUCUCGAGUAUGUUUUCCCAUUCGAUCUUCAUUCUCCUUUUUUCCCGUUGAUCUCCCUUGUUCUCGAUGAUCUUCAGUGAAUUGAAUGAUUCAGAAAUGGUUUCGCUUGGGAAGAAUGAUGGUGAAAUUAAACCAAUCAAGACGGAGCCAAAUAUCAAUACUCCCGAUAUCCAGACCCAGGUCCUUGACAGCCAAUUUUCACCUCCUUCAUUUUCUGUAGAUGAAAAAUUCGAAGCUGAGGAUGCUGAUGAGUUAAAAUAUCUCCGAAGCACUUUGUCUUUCGACGAUACUGUUCCCAUUGAAGAUGCAUUUGAAACCCAAGAAGUGAAUCUAGCGGGGGAAACCCAAGUAUUGAAUAUUGGUGGAGAAACCCAAGUGUUGGAUGAUCCAGAUUGUAUUGAAGAUAUGGGCACCCAGAUAUUAGAUGAUUUCGAUACUCAAGUUGCCAGUGAUAUUGAAGGUGAAGGAACAGAAGAAACUGAAGUUCUUGGCAACGAUGAUGAGCAAUCUGAUGAUGAAUCAGUAAGAAGUGGCAAUGGUCAGUCAGUGGAUAGCGAGAAGAUUUACACUUCUCUUCACGAUAAUAGUAAUAAGGGAUUCGUGGAGCGACUUGAUCCUUUACCAUAUAAAGAGCAUAGUGCAGAAACCCAUCUUCCAACUGCAACACAUGUGGUUGAAGGCAGCCACAAACCAAAAGCUGGACCUCUACGUUCGGGGUUUACUUCAGUGCGUGUAGCAUCAUUGCGGGCAUCUGCUCUGGAAAUUCACACUGCUUUAGAGGGAAUCAACAAGGGAUCCUUUUAUGUUUCAAGUAAGAAUCGGUCUUGGGAAGUUGGGGAAGAAGUAGCUCAGGAUCAUGAUGUUGGACAAUGCUACAGAAAAAUAAAGGGAUUAAAUGAUGAAAAGAUGUAUAGGGUUGGUAGUAGAACCGCUAGAAAACUUUUCACUGAGGAUUCACAUGAUGAUUACAGAGGACUUCCUCAUAACAGCAAUGAUGUUGAACGAGAAGGGUUACCUCAGUUGCCUUCUUGUGAUGAUGGAUUGGCAGGAUUAAGUUAUGUGGACUCUCAAGAACCUGCAGAGUUUUCGCAGGCCAAUGCACUGGAUUUUGUGGACAGGUUCCUGAAAGACAAUUUCAGGGACUUUGAACAAGCUGACCAUAGAAAGAAAACUAAGGGAAAAUCAAAUUCCGUCCCAAUUGCAAGGGGCCCACAAAGUUUUGCCAAGAAAGCCAAUGAUAGAAACAUGCUUGAAGAAGCAGGGAUUUUUGACUGGGAUGAUAGCCGUGAGGAUGAAGGUGGGGGAGAUAUCUUCUGCAGAAUGAAAGAAAAAUUCUUUGAUACUGGAGGCCAGGGGAGAAGAUCUUUUACCCAACCCCGGAAGCCUAAAGGAAGCGGACUAGAUGAUUAUAGAGGCCAUGAAGAGCAUUUAGAUUUCAGUAAUAAAAGAAUGGGUUUAGCUCAUUCGGAUUCAAAAUUAAUCUCCCAGAGACCAAAAGUGAAUGAAAAUACAGUGCAAGAAAUGAAAUUGAAAAAAAAUCUUGUUAGUGAGUUGGAUGAACGGUCUAAUGACAAUCCCUGUGGAGAACAGAUGGAUGCUAAUUUCACCAAGACAGGUGUGCCAGAAAUGUUAGAUGCAGCUUUUGAUACACAAAUGGCUGCUGAAGCUAUGGAAGCCUUGUUCCAUGGUGAGGGCAUCGGGGGCAUAGCUAACCAUGAUGCUAAUGAUGCCCAUCAAGGCAUUGAGAAAUACGCAAAGGAUCCUUGCAGAGGUUCUCUUGUAGGAACAGGCAGUGUAAUUCAUUCAAAGAAAACCUCUUGUCGUAAGAGGGUAAGCCUUUCUGAUAUAGGGGUUGCUUCACAAAAGAAAUCUAAGAGCAUGAGUGCCAAAUUAAGUAAAGAAUUGUCAAUUUCGUUGGAGAAACAUUUUGAUAAUGUCAGGAAGCAGAGUGGAACUGAACUAGCCAGAACAAACUCGAGGGGAAACUCGAUUGCUGAAGAGUCCCAUACAGCCAAUGGGGUUAGCUUCCCUGGUACUUGUACACCUGUUGCUCAUCGAACUAGACAGUCAUUGAGUGUAAAUCAAGUGAAAAAGGCUGAGAAUGCAUCUGGUGACCAUAGGGAAGAGACGAACUCUCUGAUGGAGGUACGUACCCUAGUAGAGAAAAGCAAUAGUAGUACAGCCAUCCUGCCUUCUAAAGUGUUGAAGGAAAAAUCAUCUAUGAUGGGUUUUAAUAAAUCUGGAGAAGUUAACAGCACAAAAACAAGUCAACGUAAGCAAUUGGCUCCAAAGUUGAUAGCUAAUAACAAUGAUUCUAAAAUUGAUGCAUUGAGCCAUCCCAGGAGAAGAUCUCAUCGAAAUUUGUCUGGUCAGGAAAAUGGAUAUGAUAACUUAGAUGGUGCACUUCAACCAUCUGCUCGGCCAAAAUACAUUGGGAAAUCUGUAUCCAAGCGCAAAAGGUCAAGGGGUGAUGCUGAAAGCCCUUUUAAUUCAAACAUGAAGAGGAAAACACGAUCAGGCAAUGCCUCUAUCUAUGGUAAGUCUGGUGAUAUGGAUGGUAAGAUUACAUCUAAAGAUCUAAUUGGGGCAAAGGUCGAUAAGCGCUUUGACAGAAAUACUGAUGCAAGUUGCCCCUCAUAUACUGGAAAGCCAAAUGCUAGGUUGGAAGAAUCACCAAGAGAGAAAUGUAAACCAUCUGCUUCAGCAUGUACUACUCCUACUCCAGUUAACUGUAAGACAUCUGAGAAUGCUGCAUCACCUGUUUGUAUGGGUGAUGAAUACUUCAAACUGUCAUGCAAGGGGAACCUAUCAAGACUUAGCCUUCUGAAAGAAAUCCGUAGCUUAAGUGCUGCAGGGCCUGAACCUGCUGCUGUCUCAAAAGAUUCAAGGAAGAGGAGAGAUAUGAGUGCUGUUCGAGUCUUGUACAGCCACCACUUGGAUGAGGAUAUAAUGAAGCAGCAGAAGAAGAUUCUGGCUCGACUAGGAGUCUCCAUUGCAUCUUCUAUUACAGAUGCCACACACUUCAUAGCAGAUCAAUUUGUGCGAACAAGGAAUAUGUUGGAGGCUAUUGCUUCUGGAAAACCAGUAGUGACACAUUUAUGGCUUGAGAGCUGUGGACAAGCUAGCUGUUUCAUUGAUGAGAAAAACUACAUAUUGAGGGAUGCCAAGAAGGAAAAGGAAUUUGCCUUUAGCAUGCCACUUUCAUUGGCACGUGCAUCCCAGCAUCCACUUCUGAAGGGUCGAAGAGUUUUGAUUACCCCAAAUACAAAGCCUGGUAAAGAAAUCAUUUCAAACUUGGUUAAAGCUGUUCAGGGCCAGGCGGUGGAGAGAACUGGCAGAUCUACUCUGAAAGAGGAUUACAUUCCAGAGGAUUUGUUGGUUCUAUCUUGUGAAGAAGAUUAUGCAAUCUGUGCACCUUUCCUUGAAAAAGGGGCAGCAGUUUACAGUUCAGAGUUGUUAUUGAAUGGUAUAGUCACUCAGAGGUUGGAGUAUGAAAGGCAUCGCCUCUUUGCAGAUAAGGUUAAAAGAACACGUUCUACGAUAUGGAUUAGAAAGGACGACAAUCAGUUCCUUCCUGUGACUAAACACAAAUAAGAUUCAUUUUAUUUAUUUGUUCCCCUAUGAUUUUCCUUCUGAUUCUCUUGUGCGUUUGGGCGAUUUUGGUAGCUGCCUGCCUGCCUAUUGAUCUUUACAUCACACAAUGAUCUGUACAUGGUAUUAUGAAUGGUUCCAACCCUGGGCCUCUCAUGUAAUCUAUUUAUUAUACCUUUUGUCUUUUAUCUCGUCUGAUUUCUUUUAGGGUGUGUUCGUUGUAUAAGAUUUUCUGAUGGAAAUUAAUAAUACUGUCGGAAUUGGAGGAAGUACUGC